AUGUACCUACCGUCAUGGCGCAAUAUACGUACUCCACUACGAUAUAGCCAAUUCUGGAUAAGAUCCUACUCCCUGGUGGCUCCAUCUAAUGUAUUGUCCACCGAGGAGAAAAAACAAAAACUAAGUCAAGAUAAAUUUCGUAAAGAGUUGGAGGAACGAAUAUCCAAAAUUCCUAUUGCAAAUUACCGCAAUUUCAGUAUUGUGGCACACGUGGAUCAUGGAAAGUCGACUUUAUCGGAUAGACUUUUGGAACUAACUGGAGUCAUUCAACCUGGCGCGAAAUCCCAAGUUCUCGACAAAUUAGAUGUCGAAAGGGAACGGGGUAUUACGGUCAAAGCACAAACGGUUUCAAUGAUAUACAACGACCCAAAUUCUCAAGAAGAUUAUCUACUCCAUUUAGUUGAUACUCCAGGACAUGUUGACUUUAGAGCCGAAGUAUCACGAAGUUACGCUUCUUGUGGUGGCGCAUUGCUUUUGGUAGAUGCGUCACAAGGAGUUCAGGCACAGACAGUAGCAAACUUUUACCUAGCUUACAGCAUGGGUUUGAAAUUAAUUCCCAUUAUAAACAAGAUUGACCUUGAUCUGGCCGAUAUACCUAGAGCUGUUGAGCAGGUGGAGUCAACUUUUGAGUUGGACCCAGAGGACUGUAUCCCGGUGAGUGCCAAAACUGGCUUGAAUGUGGAAAGCAUAAUUCCCUCGAUUAUCGAAAAAAUUGAAGCACCUUCGGGAGAUGUAGAUAAGCCAUUGAAGGCUUUGCUUGUUGAUUCAUGGCACGACCCAUAUGUUGGUGUGGUUAUGUUGAUCCAUGUGGUUGACGGAAAAUUGAAAAAGGGGAUGAAAGUGUUAUCGGCCCAUUCAAACAAAUCGUAUGACGUGAAAGAGGUUGGAAUAAUGUACCCUGACAGAACUCCCAUGGACUGGAUCAAAGCCGGUCAAGUAGCGUAUGUGAUACCGGGAAUGAAAAACCCUCGAGAAGCUUUGGUUGGAGACACAUUUUUCCAGUUGGGAAAGACUGAAGGACUAGAACCUUUACCUGGUUUUGAGGAACCAAAACCAAUGGUUUUUGUGGGCGCCUUUCCGGCUGAUGGUCGAGAUUUCAAUGCUAUGGAUGACCAGAUGCAAAAUUUAGUUUUGAAUGAUAGGUCAGUAACUUUGGAGAAGGAGACUUCCAAUGCAUUGGGGUUGGGAUGGAGACUUGGGUUUCUAGGAUCGUUGCAUGCUUCGGUGUUUAAAGAGAGGUUGGAAAAUGAAUACGGUGCUAAAAUUAUUCUAACUGCUCCAACAGUGCCAUACAAAAUCAUAUACCGCAAUGGAAAAGAGAAAAUUGUUACAAACCCGGACGACUUUCCCACAAACAAAAUUGUAAACGAAGUUGACUGCUUUAUGGAGCCAUAUGUUGAGGCAAUUAUGACAUUGCCGAAUGAAUACGUUGGGACAGUGAUGACCCUUUGCUUGAAUAACAGGGGUGAGCAAAAGGAUAUCGAGUACUUGAAUACGGGCCAAGUCAUGCUAAAGUACGAAAUACCAAUGGCUCAAUUGGUCGAAGAUUUCUUUGGCAAACUCAAGGGCUGUACAAAGGGCUAUGCCUCCUUAGAUUACGAGGAAGCUGGUUACAGGAAAUCAAACAUUGUCAAAAUGGAGUUGUGCGUCAAUGGUGAGCCCCAAGAUGCUUUGACAACUAUCAUACACAAAUCUCAAGCAUUAUCCAAGGGGAAGGACUACGUUUCACGAUUCAAAAAGUACCUUCGGUAUCAACUUUUUGAAGUUGCCAUACAGGCAAAAGUCAACAAUAAAGUAGUUGCAAGAGAAACGAUAAAGGCCAAAAGAAAGGAUGUGACGCAAAAGUUGCAUGCUGCUGAUAUCUCACGUUAUAAGAAGUUAUUGGAGAGGCAAAAGGAGGGUAAAAAGCAAAUGAAAGCCAGUGGAAAGAUAACCAUAGGUAACGACGCAUAUCAAGCAUUUUUACGACGUGAAGACUAA